UAAAUACUUCAAUAUAACAAUUAUCGAUUAGUUUACAGUAGUAAUUGAAUUACAAAAACUGUCCUGGUAUAUUAUUUUGGUGUUUUAAAAGUUUGAAAACAUAUCAGUCUUAACUUGGUAUUUUCUAUUUGAGCUCGCUUUGAUAUUAUGUGAUCGUGUAAGUUAUUUACAAGCAUGAAUGGUGAUCAGAGUCCCGGAAGUCCUUUAGAUCUUAGCGAUCGUGAACAAGCUGUAUUAAUGGAUCCUAUAGACCAUGAAAGAUGUAGAUAUCCUUACUGCAUCGUCUGGACCCCUAUACCCGUUUUAACAUGGAUUUUCCCAUUCCUUGGCCACAUGGGAAUUUGCACUUCAAAUGGGGUCAUUAGGGACUUUGCGGGUCCAUAUUUUGUAUCAGAAGAUCUGAUGGCUUUUGGCAACCCCACCAAAUACUGGCAACUCUCCCCAAAGAAGGCAUUAAAUGGACAGGCUGGCUGGGACACGGCUGUCGCUGAAGCAUCUGAGAUAUAUAAAAAAAGGAUGCAUAUAAUAUUUUAUGAUAACUGCCACUCGCAUGUGGCCACUGCUCUGAACAUCAUGAACUACGGAGGCUGCAAAAACUGGAACAUGGUGAAACUGGCAUUUUAUAUGAUACCUUAUUCAAAAUAUGUCAGUUUUGGAAGCUUUUUGAAGACCUGGCUGCCUUUCCUUAUCAUUGCAACUUUCAUAUGUAUCUUAGCAGCAAAAAUUUAAGCUUAUAUUAUUAAAAACUCAUUGGUCUACUUUUAAAUACUUUGUUGUUUUACUUCUGGGUCUGUAAAGCACAAAACAGUACAAUCUUCUGUAAUCUUCAAAUAGAAAUUAUUACCUAUGUGUUAAGACUGUGAUGGCUCUGUGCUUACCACCAUUUUUAAUUAAUGAUUGUUUAAUAAAAGUUUAUUUUGGUUUAGGCAAACUAAACCCAGACUUUAAAAGAUUUAUAGAGAGUUGAAAGUUUGUGAAAAUAUGUCUUGUAUAGUUUA